AUGACACGGUUUUGCCCUCCCAAUCGGCGGGAGUUCACUCUCGUUCUGUUCUCCGUCACAAUUUUUGUGGUCUUCUAUAACUUCGAAGCGACUUUCGACCUCUUCGCGCCUGGCACGUCCUUAUUAAAUCCCUCCGCAGAUAGCAGCGGCCUCGAGAUGGACAUAUUCGGGGACUGGAAGUCUGAUGAGGCGCACAUAUCCAGUGUUCAUAAACAGCAGGAGGAGAUGGAAGAUAACGCAGAUGGAGAUAUUUGGAUAAAGGACCUUGUAUCUGAGGCCCAGAAGCAAGUCAUCUUCGGAAACAUCAAUGUUAAUGAUGGCUUUAUGCACUGGGGCAGUGACGUGCCUCAAACUCAAGUGAUGAAACACGUCGCUGGAUUUUCGAUACUGGACAAUGUAGUAAUAUGCAACGGCACAAUUUUCAUCGUGACGGAUUCUCCUUCAAGCUUCCCUUCGUUGGGUUCCAUUGCAUCAUCUGUUGGGAACCCGCACGAAGCUCCGCGUCCAGAAGAAUGGGAAGUCCUGUCAAUCGAGCAAGCGAGAGACAAACUUGGUUCGUAUGGUGGACUGAUUCAAGGUGCCAGUUGGCUAUCGUAUGACGUGACUCCUAACAACUACACGCUGUUCUCGCUCUGGCGGACCCACAGCUCCCUGAACGCAUCGACAUCUCCAGAACUUUUCCGUCCGCCACGACGACUGUUCUUCCCGAAUAUCCCUACUUUGCAAGGUGAACGGCCCGAAGUCAACGUGCGGCCCAUCCUUAGACGCUAUCGUUCGGACAGUGGUUUCCAUCCAUAUCUUCCCAAGGCAGCUUUUCCAAUGCUCGGGUUGAUGUAUAAAGAAGACUGGGAAGAUUAUGCGCUGAUGGAAGUCCCAUUCCUUUUCGAGAGGCUGGUUGUUGCCGAUUUUGGUGCGGCUGAACGUGCAACAAAUGAUCUGCCUCCAUUCGCUCUCUCUCUUAUUGGCUUAGAUGCGUCAAAGGAAUGGUGGGAGCCAAUUAGGGAGAAUCUUGCCAAGUUCUUGCACGUAGACCCCCAUGCACAAAACCCCAACGGCGGAGGGGAAAAGACGAUAGUCACUUACAUAUCUCGUCAGGACGCCAGAAGUGGCCCAAAGCUCAGGAGAGCUGACCACGAUGCGUUGGUUAGUGCUCUUGAACAGUUGCGUAGGAGUGACAACUUCGAGGUCUACGUAGUUUCCUCAGAAGAGGGGCACUGGACAGAGAGAAUGUCAGCCAUCGCCCAAUCUACUGUCGUUCUGGGUGUUUAUGGAGAUAGCCUCGCGGACAGCGUGUUUAUGAGGCCAUCAGGGCACUCGACUCUCAUGGAAUUUUUCCCCUUGGACGUCUUCACUCGCGACGCAGAAACAUCGGUUCGCUCCUUAGGCAUUCACUACAUCGCCUGGUGGAAUGAUCGGCAGUUCCAAAGUGGCAGUCUUCCAGCUGUGGCUCCAGGGGGUGAUUAUGAUGAAGUUCUGAUCGACGCUGCUGCAGUCGUGCAGGCCAUCCAGGAAGUCAUUCGCACGUAG